GAGACUUCCCUAGAUCAGCCGUCGCCGUCUCAGCAAAGUGGCAUUAAAUCAGCAUGUUCUUCUCCAAGAUUAUUUCCGCUUCGCUGGGCCUCUACAGCUUGCUUGGCUCCGUAGCAGCCUAUACUAACCCCAUCCGUAAUCCAGGAGGCGGUGACCCGCAAAUCUCGUGGUACGACGGCUAUUACUACCUGAUCUCGACGGAGUGGACCAACCUCCAGCUCUCCCGCGCAACCACCAUCGAGGGGUUGAAGACCGCAACACCAAGGGUCAUCUACGAGGACUCUACGCCAAAUCGAUGCUGCAACGUGUGGGCUCCUGAGCUUCACAACUUUGAUGGGGCCUGGUAUCUCUACUACACAGCUGGCAAUGCAAAUAACGGGGACGAUCAGCGUAUGCAUGUGCUGAAGGGCGGCGCCUCCCCCUGGGACACCUGGUCCUACGCCAACCAAGUCACCGACGACUGGUCGCUCGACGGCACCGUCGUCCGCAUCAAUGACUGGGGUAACUACUUCGUAUACUCGUGCAUGACCGGCGUGCCCCACCAAUCGACCUGCGUCCGCAAACUCAACUCCGACUACAUCUCCGCUGGCCCCAACAUCAGCAUCAUCUCGACCCCCGACCAGCCGUGGGAGCAGUCCCGAGUCCCCGUCCAGGAGGGCCCGUACGGUCUCUACUUCGGCGGCAAGACGUACAUCGCGUACUCGGCGAACUACUGCUGGACGCCCGACUACUGCGUGGCGUUGCUGGAGUGGGACGGUGUGAGCGACCCCGAAAUGGCUGCGGCAUGGGAGAAGAGCGAUGGAUGCAGACUUACGCAAGCGAAUGGCAACUUUGGCACGGGGCAUAACAGUUUCUUCACCAGCCCGGAUGGCAACACGACAUACAUUGCCUACCAUGCUACUUCGGCUGCUGGCGGCGCUUGCGAUGACAACAGAUAUGUCAUGGUGCAGCCCAUCUCUGCGAGGGAGGAUGGCAGCCCUGACUUUGGUGUCCCGCAGGCGUUUGGGAGCGAGUAUCCGGAGCCGAGCGCUUAGAUCUAGAUGCGAUGGACAGCAACUUGUGAGGUCAUAGCAGGCUCUGAUGGUCGCCAUUAGACCAAAAUGACAUUCAUUAUCAUUGUGCUUCAAGCUUGUUGUUGGGGUGGAAUGACUUGCACACUAGUUGCCAGGAGGACCAACGGACGGUAUGCUUGAGGCGGGCGCAGGUACUUGCAUAAGAAUUGGGCAGCUAGACUAAGCUUGAUGCUACCUGGACAGUUCUGCGUCCAAUGCCAGCUCAUCAGUGAGAACAGUGUACAGCAACUUGCCAUGUAUUUUUGAUUGGUGACCACGACUACGUCUAUGCGCUAGGCUACUGUGUUCUGGUGAAAUGGAAUGCUUCGCCAUAUGUUCGUCACAUAUACAGUAGUAUCAGUCAUCUGCCCGCUUCAUGCAUCUCAACAUCCCUUCCCAUCAUUUGUAAGGGGAUAGACCCCAGCGGCCAUGCAGAAGACUGCAAGUAAGUGACUGAUCAAUAGAUGCCUUGGUAAAC